UUCGUUUGUUAUUGUGUUCAACAGUAGUUGUUUCGCAGGCUGCUCUCAUAUUUUAACAAAUUUUUCCCCCGGCGAGGAAUAGUAAUGGUGAUAUCAGCGGAACACGAACGUAAUGGCAUCGCCGACUUCUUCACGCAAACCGAUCCGGAGGUGCGGAAAGUUACGUUAACAAUAGGAAAUAUCAUCUCUAAAAAUACCAUAAGAGAGAUCACCCUUGAAAAAUCACUGACCGUUAUGUUGGAUAGCUGCCGGGAUGCUGCUUCACUGCUUUCGAAAAAUAUUGUAAAACCGGAAUUCAUCUACAAAUAUUUGCAGAACUACAACGUUCAGUUACCGCCGGAGAGUACGAAAUCUAGUCUGAUCAAUCAGUGUCUUAAUUUUUGGCGUGUCAAAUAUGGUGCACCGGUGGAUCCGAACGCAUCGAGUUCCGAUCAGCAGUUGGCCGUGCUACCGUCAACAUCCGCGGAGUCCAGUUCGUCCAACAGUACCAUGCAGAAUGCCGUGGGUAAUCUGAAAAAUCUCGUUGCGACGGGUGGACCAAUGGGAAACAACACGAACGGGCCUGGAUACGAAACAACCGAACCAGGCUUGGAGCAAUAUCCAGUCAACCUACUAGCGUUGGACUACACGAUCUGGUUUUAUCUUAAAUGGAACCGCAAUUCAUUGGACGAAAGUGCAUUUUGGCCCGACGCCGUUUGUUCAGUGAUGCUCGAAAUCAGCGAAACCCAACAAGGGGUUGAAGAGGUCCGAGGACCAAAGGACAUCAUCAAUUUAAUAUUAAGUCUGAAGUUUCAGUAUAACUUCCAAUUCGUGCCUAACGUGAUGUUUGAUGGCUGCCAGGGUCGAAUCACGCAAACCGGCGUGCUAGUGCUUGCAGUCGGUGUAGUCUAUAGCAAUCGGAUAGGACCGGAUAAUCGACAGACUAGUCUAGGGGAGUUUGAAAGUAUGAUUGGAUUGCGGAGGGAUCCACAAGAAAACAAUAAUUGGAAAAUAACUAUGUACAAGCUAUAUAUACGGUACAAACCUGUGGAUAAUUUACCUGCCUUGUCGAACAGUAGAAUGCUUACCGAAUGUUUACUUAUUCCUCUUAGUUUAGACACUGUCUGAAUGCCGCAUGGACGUACUAUAUUGUUAUCUUAGUGAUAGUUGUGUAUAAUAGGAUGGAUAUCGAAAUACUUGUGUCGAAACGAAUUUAAGAUGCUUCUAAAGUGUGUGAGUCGACAAUAAAUUGUUAU